AAAUUGCGUAUCUCCAAGUUCAGGCUCAGAUAUUGGCUACCUGCCCUUUACAUAUUUAUUUCUAUUUUAAGAACCAAAAUUAUAGAUAAUACUAAUUUAUAAAUAAUUAAGCCCACCAAUUGUUCAAACCCACCAUACUAACAUUUCAGGCCCAGGUCCAUUUACCACAGCCCAACCGCCGACACGCCUUCUAACUUCCCGACGGCGAUGGCGACGGCAACAAAAUGGGGAGGUCAGAGAAAAGCGAAACCGGACAAAAAGAGAUGGAGGAGAACGGAGGAAGCGACGGUGUUAGCAACGCCCACUGGUGGUGGGCUUUGCCCGGCGCAACACAGCUUGGUUGGGGUAUCGCCUCUUUUCGGCGAGGAUUGAUCGGCAAUUCCAGCCUCAUGCCCUUAAAGGCCUUCGCCGUUGCUUCGCUUUUCGUCGGCGGCGGCGCCUCGUGUGCCAUCGCUUCCCUCAAGGCCUCUGGCAUCCACAAGGUGGAAGACAUGAUGGAAGUAGGGGCUAGUAUUAGGAGUGGAUUGGGGAUUCGUCCAAGGCCACAAGAUGAAUGAAUCUUAUUAUAUUCUAUGGGUAACCUGAGAACAUCUUCUCCUUCACCUUCACCUUCACCUUCACCUUCUCCAUCACCUUCACUUUCAGGAAUCCAAAUUCAUACCACAGACGACUGUGCACCUUCUUUGAUGGUGAAACAGUCACCAGGGGUCCGAUUCCUUAAUUAGAGGACUCCUGAAAUUAUUUUGUGUGUACCACUGAAAUGGCAUUAAGGAUUAAGAACCUGUUGGCAUCACUUUUUACUUCUCCAUUACUUUACUUCACUGCUUACUUUUAUAUGUCCAUGACCUUCCUUCGCUUACAUUUCCCUUUUUUCCUUCUAUUUUGGUAAAAUCAUCUUUUCUGAA